GUGCUCACGAGGGGGCCAAAUCCGACGUCAUGGAUACCAAGACGCCGCUUUGAAAACAAGUGUGGGCCCGUGAGCGGUGCCUGCGCGAUGAGGCGCUUUUCUCUUAAAUUUCUAAGUUGUAGGAAAAGAUGACUCGCCCAACAGCCUCUAGAUGCAUUUCCUCUUGUGUAGAACUCAAAUUGCCUCGCUUCGGCGUCCGAUAGUUAUGGAGGACGGCUAGUGCAACAACCCCUCCUCCGUUUCUCCAACAUCCGCCUUUUGAGUUUCGUUUUGCUUGGCUUCCGUCGCUGUGGGGGCUGUCUUCGGCGGCAUUUUAGCCCAGCGAUAAGUUUUCAGCAUGACGUUUAAGUGGGACGACUUCGCCAGGGAGUACUAUUGGGUCAUUCUUCUAGCGAUAUUUGCUGUAAUGGCACUAGCUGCCAUAGCGAUUUGGGCAAUACUUCGGUGCAGAUAUCCUCGACACGAGUACCUGGCACUCGACAACGAAAGCAGCUUCAUCUUGGAUCGGCUUGAACUAAGCCGGAAACUACGUGGUGAUAUCGAUCGCAAUGAGGCCUUGAUCAAUUGCCAGUACUACCUUCGGGGCUCGACAAGGUAUUUCCUGCGGUACCAGCUCUGCAACAUAGGCAGCCGCAUGGACCGGCACUGGUUUGUGGUGCGCGACAGUGCGACACGCACCGAGCGCCUGCUGACGGUGACAGCGCUUCCAGAUGCGUGCCCACUACGGCACUCGCCCUGUCAGGUCCGACCGGGUCUUCAGGAGAUCUUCCUCGACCUCCAGCACCCAUACGUCCACCCAGUGCUCGACAUCGACAUCAAGGUCUUGGCUGAACGCCCACACGUGGUGGUCGUGUCUCCGCUGAAUGAUGUUGGGUCACUCAAAGAUCUCAUAUACCAUAGCAAGUACAACGAAGACUGGCAGGAGAAGUAUCGUCCGCAAGGGACGGGCCUCCCACAGGACCAGGUGCAGCGUCUGGCCAAGCAGAUUGUUGAGGGCCUGCUUUUUCUACACGAGAAGGACUUCCCGGCAUUCUACAACCUACACCUGGGCAACGUCAUCCUCCAGAAUGGUGUGGCCAGACUCACUGGCCUGGAGAAUGUCCUGCUGGGUUAUGUGCCCAGGGUCUCGGCAUUCAUCCGCAAGCGAAUUUGCGAAGACAAGGAGGUCGUCGACGCCGUCUGCUUUGGUCAUGCUCUGUUUGAAAUGGCUGCCGGCUACGAAAUGUCCACAACGAAGCCUACAGACAAAAACUAUGCCGAUGUUGAACACUGCCCCGAAGUGUAUCAGGUUUUGAGGUUCAUCUUUGAGAAUGAAAAUCACCACUAUCCAACUCUAGAAGAGGUUGCUACGCUGGAUUUUUUUCGCAAUAUCGACCUGCGCGAGCUCACAUCUCACACUGUGCCUCCCAUCCUAAGGACCAACCUGAGCUCAACUGCCAAACACCUCCUACGAGAUGUUCAAAAGUUCUAUCGCAAUAAAGGAAAACUCAAGACGUCACGAUCUAUAUCGGUGUCUUCGUGUGAUGGUGGAGAGUCUUCUGACAGCGAAAAAGCAGGCCUGUUGCCGCGUGGCAUUCGGGCCAAGCGGCGACCGCCGAUGAGCCCCAGCCAGGCACCACUGGUGCUCAAGAAACCGUGUCCGCCGCCACCGUGUUCUUCAGAGCUGCUGUCUCCGCCUGCCGGUUCCUCUUCUUCUCCGCCUCCAGAGUUUUCCUCGUCCCCUCCGCAAGCGGAGACUCCGCCUCCCGAGGGCACGUCAACGUGCCCGCCCUCGAAAGCCUCGGACACGUCCCCCGUCGACACCGAGGCCACGUCUCCACUCGGCCCUGUGGCCGCGACCCCUCAUGGGCCUGAGGCAAUGCCUCCUCAGAACGGCGUCGGCGAUGCCGGUGUCACGGUCACCACCUUCAUGACGCCUCUUGUUGACACCCCGCCUCCCAAGGUUCCGCCCCGUCCACCUGUAUGGGUCCAGUCGCAGUCAAGCGUGAGCACUUGUGGCUCGCUCGAAUUUUGCACGCCACCGUCCAGUCCGCAGAUUGACAGUGCCGAGUGGUGUAGUUCGGAGUGCAUUACGUGAUCCUCUGUGCCAUAACUACAUAGUGAAAGCAAUUCAAAGCAGUUUUCUAAUUCUACUUGCACACUGAGGUCACAUCUGCGAAUGAUGGCGCUUAGUUACUCUUGCAGGGAAGUAUAUAUAUGCAGUGUUCACGUUGGCCUUGCUGUCAGAUAGUAGCACGUUGAGUGCAAUUAACAAUUGGCCUUGGUUUCAAUGUAGACGUGAGCUGGCAUUCAUUCAUCCCAGAAGUACAUAUGGGACGAGCACGGGCCAAAGAUGGUGCGCUUAUCUGUACAGUGAUCACCAGUUCAAUGCCACAGCUGAAUGACACUCACACACACGCUCACACACAGACACUCUAUCUCUUGUGCCUCUGCUGUUCACUAUUACUGUGGUCUGAACUUUCUGCAUCAAUUAGAGGGGCCCUGCAAAAUGUUUUAUGAAAGGCACAGAAAGUGUGCGGGAUCAAAAGGUAUCUUCUAACGAACCGUUUUGAACAAAGGGUUCUUUAGUGUACCUUGUAUGAGCGGUGUUGUCGGCAGUCAUAAUGCUGCCGCUACCACACACUCACGACCUAUUCCUCCUUUUUCUUCGUUCGAACUGUGUUCAAGUUGAGCCACUAUGCCAUUCUAGAAUUAUGCCCGCUGUGCUUUGCCCAUGAACAUUCCAAGCAUUUGUAUCAGCGUGACCUCAAGAUUGUGUCUCAUAGCCCUACGCAGCGUUGCACUGUCUUGGAGGGCAAAGUGUCAGCACGGUGGUAUCGUUCUCCUCCACCAGAUGACGCCACUGCUAUAUCGGUGGUGAGAUUUUUCUGCUUUUCCCUCUGCCAGAGAUAGUGCAGAUUCGUGAUGUAGCAAAAUCUGGCCAAUUAGCAUCACUUCUAAAUUUGUGUAGGAAUACACAUGAAGAGUACUAGAGAUUUUAGAAAGUUAGAGGAAAUAGCAGGUGGGGGUCAUUUGGACCGAAUGGUAGACUCUCUGCUGCACUUACAGGAACAAUGCAGUCGAAUGUGAUUUAACAAAGUUGCAUCCAACACAAAAAUACCUUCGUUAAAUCUGAUAUGUGUUAUAAGUAUAUAUUUCUUACAUGCUGAUAUCUGCGAUAAGCAUUGUAGAUGAUUCAUUAUAUUCAUUUUUAUUAUGUUGAGGUUCUACUGUACUGUACAGGCCCAGAUGUUCAUGGUAGUAUUGCCCAGUGAACAAGGUUACUGGGAUCAAAAAGUGUUGCAGACCUUUCCAAACCAAAAUGCUAACGAAAAUUCCUCCACUUGUUCUAUUCAGAGAUGCAGGUGUUAUCUGUUUCUUCUUCAAAGUAUGUUACAUACUGGCAACACAAAGUAAGCACUCCUUGUCACCAAGCUUUCAGCUUUGCCGUUGACCGGUGCGGCUGACUUUUUCGGACAGGAAAAUUUUUACAAACAUUGAAUGUCUGUACAGUAGAAGAGCUACAUUUAAGAUGAAGGUAAGGCUUCUCUCGCACUCUAGAGGUAGUAUCACACUUGGGAUUAACGUUAAUACAAAUUCCAAUGUUUUGACUGGAACCUUGUCUGAACAUUGAUGCCAGUCACACUUCUGUGCUUGUAAUUUUGAGAGAGCCAGCUAGUCUGGUCGGCAGCCCCUCCACAGUCCCCUGAUUUCGCUGUUGGCCAGCUCAGAUGCCUGGCAAUUAGCGGGGGGAUGUAGCUAUGAGACAACGUUAUUCAGGUUUCUUAUACACCCUUAUACAAAGUAAUUAGAAGUUGGCAUCUUUCUCAGAGGGUCUGCAGUGUUGCUGACAUACACAGAGGGUUCACUGGAAGAUGACUUGAAGUGGCCAAUAGUGAGCGAACAAUGGAGGCCUCAGCUUGGAGCCAACAUUUCAACAGAGAAAUUCGCCUUUGUAGGUCGGCAGGUUAAGCGGAUACUCGCACUCACUCAGAAAUAUUUUUGCAGGCUAUGUACUCACUCAAGUUUCUGCUCACACCUGCUCGCCAAUGCUCACACUUGCUCAGAGUCACUUCCAUUCAUAUCAACACCCACUCACACUCAUGCUAGCAUCCACUCCCACUCCCCGACAGUAACUCAGGUUCAUACUUACGUCCACUCAAAGUCACUGUCACUGACUUUUUUUUUCUACUCGCGUUAUCCAGCACUCACCCUUCUUCAUGCUCAUGUUCACUCGAUUUCACCGACACUCAGUCCUGUUCAUUGCUCACUUUCACCCACACCCUUCAUCCCUCACUAAUGCUCUAUUUUUCGCCUGUGAAAUGAGUGUGGAGCAAGUAUGAAUCACUGUGCUCGUGACUGAGCGUGCUGACCUGUGCUUGUCAUUGCUGGGACCCUAACCAAAACAGGUGUCCCUUCUAAAAAAUGUUGGCUCUGGGCUGAAGCUUCCCUUGUUGUCCUGCUGUUGACCAUGACUGCACAUGUACCAUUGACUCCUUCUUUAUUGUCACUUUAGGUGUCAAUCUGUGGACUUGCACACGCAUUUAUUGAGCGUUGAAUUGUUCAUCGAAUGUAGUAACUUUCCUGCGUAAUGCUAGGUAUCGCACUAUUGUGUGAAAAGGCCUUCUGUUCUUUCAUUGCAUGUAAUCUAGCAGACACAAAUUGUGGGAAUUUUCAAUUUCUCUGGAAAGACAUACUUGUAAUGUUUCUGGUGUCGUCGGAGUGGAUGUUAACAAUUCUCAUCAUGGGUGGCUAAUUGAAUGACCUGCCUUGAUGUCCCCAAGUGCCCGUGAACACUUCAGCUAGGGAAUUGAGAUUGUUAUGGGUGUCAGGGCCAAUCUGCUUUUCCAUUGGCAUGGAAACAACUGUAAAGUGUGCUGUGACCUUCCAGAAAGUUCAAAUGAAUCGUGGUAUCUAUACAGUAAUCCCUCUCUCUCUCUCUCUCUUUUGCUUGUUUGUUUGUUUUUUUGGCAUUUAUAUAGCUACCACUGAAAGGUGCAAAAUUUUUCUGUCCUUACUUGGCCAGUCUUUUGAAAGGAAAGCACACUUAAGUCCAGACCACACAUAUGUUUACAGAAGCAUGCAAGCUUACAUCUAUGCACCUGCCGUGCUGUCGACAAGAGACACACCACAGCACAUGCUUACUGGGCUCACUCAUAGAUAUCCUGGCAGACACCACUUCAUACUUUGUUAUUGACUGCAUUUCAAAGCGCUUCAGAUAUCUUUAAAUGUAAUUUUUAUAUUUUUAGAGCUGUUAGAUCAGCAAAAAAAAAAUAAAUUAAAGAAAAAGCCAUUUCUCACAUGAUGUAAAUCUGCCUCACUGAGAGUUGAUUGUAUUAUGCCGAAGCUGCAUAGCCCGGUGCGCCAAUGUGAGGUAGCCCAAACGUGCAAUAACAGAGAGGUGCUGUUCACUGGGAUUGUGCCGUGUUUUGGUGCUUCUGAUGCUUACGAGCCAUUCCGCACCAUCUGUGCAUGCGUGGGCGCACGGACGCAAGCUUGUAUGCAUCCGUAACCGUACGUGUGGUCUGGGCUUUAUUGAAACUGCAACUCCGGAGGCAGCAGAAUGAAGUGCCAAAAUAGAGUUAUGUGAGCUUUUUCAGCACUCACGUUAUGAAAAAAAAAAAAAAAAGUAACAAAAGAAAAACAACAUUUCCACAAUUUCACAAGCUUUGAGUAGCCCCCAACUUUGAAUGAUAUUUUGAGAGAAUAAACCCGCUAGAGUGACACACGAAAGCAAAUGUGCGCUACUUACUCUUAAAGAGCUGGGCUGCAGGAACCAAGUAGCUAAGUAGUUGAGUUGGUGCCUGUUCAAAGAUAGGAUUCCAGAGUAUCAAGGGUGAUUAUGGACAGUGCUUUGUCUCUGAUGCUAACACUUGGGCUGAGUCAUGCUAGUCUGAUAUUCUGUCCUUGGUCGAGGUGAGUCUGAACUGCUGACACUCCUAGAAGCUUUUUUUCGAAGAACCAUUAUUAAGCUUAAAGAUUUAGAGAAGCUGGGCUGCACCCUUCAGUGGUCCACUUCACAGGAAGUAGCCAAUGUAUUGAGCAAAUAACACGCUUGUAGUAGUGCUGUAAAAUCUCAAGGCUCUGCAUUGAUAGAAGACACUUCAAGACAGAUUGUAGCUAGCCAACAUGUUAUGCCCACGCAAUAAGCCUUGCAUGUACUCCGAUGCUAACAGGAUUCACUCAUACAGUCUUCAUGUUUGGCCAUGCUUCAACAGAACAGGAGCUUCUCAGUGAACUCGCAAUUGGUGGCAGGUGGAAGGGUAAAGCAGUGUGCUUGAGUAGAAGUUGUAGUGUGGCUAGAUGGAGCACAUCUGCUUCCAACGAGUUUAGUGCAAAGCAGACGACCACACAUACAAAGGCACACAAGAUGAACACUCGUAGGGCUCAUCUCGUGCUUUUGUAUAUGUGCUCCUUUGCUUCACAUGAAAUAGCUAUUGUAGAUAAAGCAGGGGUGAAGCGUGUCUAAAAAUUGUUGUAGUUUUUCUGUCCUAUCUCGUUAUUAUGAAGUCACAUUUGACAUAAUAGUGCCUUCGCUAUAUCCAAUAUUCAUUUUAAGUGUACAUGCUGAUAAAAUUAUAGAAAUUCACUACAUUGGCUCCAUGCGAAGUAGACGCAAAGGUGAUCCCUCCCACUGGCCAAGAUUUUGACAAUUCGUCAGCAACCUGCCAGGCGAGUGUGUGGCACGUGAACAACGUUAAAUUACAUGUGCGUGCUUCACACCAUGAUUAAUAUGCAAACGUGCAAUAAGAUCUUGUUGGCUUGCCAGCUGCAGGCCAGUCAAGCCAAGCUGCUAGCUAAAACAUUCACGCAUAUUUAGAAUUUGGCGUUUCAAGUUUCUCUUGCUCAUUAUUUGACAUUUUCACUACGGGAAUAAAUAUAUUUAGCUGCAAGAGAACAAAUAUUUGCUUUGCUGUAACCAGUAAUCUCGGAUCUUGCAUUUGCACUUUUGUUUUUGGCUGCAGGAUGCUCACUUAAAUAAGGCAUGGCCAACCAAAUUGUGGAUUUACUUCAUCAUUCGUUACAUCAAAGUUCAACCUAAAGGUGAAUGGCAGGCAUACCAAAAGCAAUGCAGAGGCUUUUGUAAAUAGUAAGCUAAAGGCAGUAAGAGGUAAGCAGAAGCUUGCCAAAUACAUUGAAAGAAUACAUUCUGUGGCCAGGUUACAGAGAGCUUUAGAGCGCUGUUGGCUGUUGUCUGUCCAUUGUAUCGCACAGUGAUGAUAAGAAGCUGCAAAUUUAUUUCCCGGAGGUGCACAGAGAAACGCUCCGAUUUCCAUAGUCGAAUUAUCGGUGGCACACCUUUGCAAGCGUGGGUUACAUCCGUAAGUGAAGAACAACUCCAUCCUCCAUAAGCACAGGAAAUGUCUUCUUGUUUUUCAACCUCCACGCAGAAGUGUCUGGACUAUAACUGCAACGAAGGAUGUCCUCUGGGGUGUCAUUUCAUGGCUGUAGAAAACUGAUGAGGUUCUUUGGUGCUAAACAUGUGGCUUUCCUUAACAACAGCCACAGAAGCUGAAGAUAAGCACGUGCACUGCAGUCCAAUAUUAAAGGGAACACAUGAGCUUAAAGCAUGUGCGAAUUCAUCCUUCUGCCAAGUGUGCAAUCGGCCGACUUUGCAGAAGAUUACUUGCAGCUAGCUGACCUAUGCAGUGCGGUGACAUAGCUUCAGCUGGCACUCACAGCUAGAGGGCCGGUAAAGUGAUAGCUGCACACUAGAAUGUUCCUUUUACCAGUGGACUGCACUGUACAGUGUACAUUAUUUCCGGAGGUAGUGUCGUAGAACCAUCUCUAUGCAUUCACAGUUUUGUGUGACUUCCCUUGCUUAAACAUUUGCACCUGUGCACAUUUAAAACGACGUAUUCUGAUUGCGAAGUUUGCCAGACUGUUGCUUUCUUUCUGUCAAUUUUUUUCUUCUGCUAAACGUAUCGACGUUUGUACGACAUAUAUUCAAGCCACAUUAUUGCUUUUUUUCCUAAAGCGGUCAAGGUGGCCUGUUAGCGAAGCAUCUAUGAAAGACUAGUUGGCAGACUUUUGUAUCUAGUCCUAGCUAUGGUCAGUGCCGGAAGACUAUUCAAGGUGCCUCCCCCCACAAGGUACAUUGUGUGUUGUUGAUUUUCCAGAAGCUUAAGAGCUCUGAUUGGAGAUAUUGGGAGCUGCUAUCCUUACAUUCCAUCCUUACUGAGCAAGUGAAUCAAUCUCGAGCUGUUGUUGGAGGUCACUCCAUGUGGGUGUGUUUUAUUAAUGAGCAGCCCUUUUCUUCUGAAUCCAGAAACCCCAAACACUUGUUCAUGGUGUAAGAUUACUGGUAUGUGAUAGUGAUGUGUGCUUGCCAUCACAAGUGACACGUUUUCAUGUUCUGAUGUCUGUAGGUGCAGAGAUUGCUAAAAAAAUUUCUAUAGGGAACUCUGGGUGCUGCCAUUGUUUGCCUACCAUCAGAAUGAUGGUUAGUACACGUAUUUGUCUAGUCAUCAUACUUCUGGCUUCCGACAUUCUUUUGGCAUCAUCUGUCGCAACUGUAUCCUUUUUAAAUUUCCAGACGCUCAUAUUUUUAUUUAAAUGCACGAAGGUUUCUGCACACAGGUUUGAUCAUUACAAAGUGUUGCAUUUAUAAUGCAAUAUGAAAAUGGUCAAUUUACAAAGUCAUGAACCAUUUUAAGCCAGAAAGAUUAAAUUUAGGCAAAUUCAUGUACUACUUGUAUUCCCUUGUUGACUGAACCACCGUACUUGCAGCUUCCAGACACACAGUGCCAGAUUGCCCUCUAGUAAUUUUAGUAGUAAACUCGAUGUCUGUAUGUUCCACUCAACAGGCGUAGUUUGCCAUGUACACUUUGCAAUUGUGUGCAAGUUUACUUUCUCCCCUAGUUCUGCUGGUCAUAUGUUCAGUGUUAAAGGAGUCCUGAUGAAAAAUAUCAUAGUCAAGCUGACCUUAAGAUUCACUUUCCACAUUUCAGUCUAUGCUGUUGCCUUAAAACAUGCUUAUUUGGUUUUGUAAAUUGUGUGAGAUGUUGUAGAUUGUGUGACUGGUCAGUGUGAGAAUUCGUGUGGUGACAUAAUGACCUGGGUGGAAGAAAGUCUGUGAAACGGUGGGACAUGCACAUUUUCAUGACAUCUUCAAUUCUUGGAAGUAGCUGACGAAAAACUAUGCACUGAUCUUGGGCAUUAACGGGCUGUAAGAUUGCAAAAGCACCCUGCGCCUCCAGUAUCAGAAUUGUCAGCAGACAUGCGACACAUGAAACAUGCCAAGCAAGGUGCCAUUACAGUGAAAAAGACAGCUCAACCAAGAAUGUGACACCACAUGGCGUCACACUCUCCUGGCAAUCAGAACUGAAACCUACUUUUUGCAAAGUGUCAGAAUCGCCAUAGUGAUGUUUCUUGUGUCGCAUUAAUUUGGUGGUGAGGAUUUUGUGUCACAAUGACAUCUGACAAAUUGAAAGGGUGCCUCAGGAGUAACUGUCAGGACUCCUUUAACAUAAACCAGUUUGUUGCGCUGACAUUGCUGUGCUUGCCAUACCACAAGUGAUCUUAGAACUAUUUUACGCAUGGCUGCAUAUUGCCGGGUCGCAGCUGUAGGCAAACACAUGUACUAGUAGCAGCAUAAAUUCAAAUGCAGACGACUCUGAAACUACUCCAUUGUGUUGUUUUGUUUCCAGGUUUUGAGGCUUAAUUCAGAUUUCAAAUUGUACAUUUGCAGCUACUGUCGGCUUAGAAAUCUUCUACAAAGCAAUUGGACGUCACACUUCCAUAUAGUUAUGCUUAACAGGCAUUCUGAUCAGUUAUUUUGAGUUUGCAUUUCAAUAUAUGCUGAUGGUCCAGUACUAGUCCUCUUUAAAGUGAAUGUCCAGCAGGUAUUGAAACUAAUAUAACAGAUACACUUCUAGUUCAUCGAGAGAAAAAAGGAACGCCUAUGCACUAAAAUAUAGUCUGCAUACCUUCAUGUUAUAAUUCAGCUGUAGUUUGCAGCCAAGUACUACGUUGUUGUUCCCUUUAACAAUGGGCCAUACUGUACAGCUGUACUUUGAAACCACAGAGAUCAAGGGAGCCAUGAGUUGGUGCCCCCUUGAUAACUAUCAGUGGAUUAAUUGCAAUCUUCCUUUUUUUUUUAGUUUUUUCCAGGCACUUACAAGUUAUUCAGUUAAAAGCUUGGCUAUAUCCCCUGCACACAUUUGCCUUUUAUACAAAGGAGCCCUUUGUGUAUUGCUGCAGAACAUUGUGCAUAGAAGGUUACAAAAGACAGUGUUGGGUUGGGAUAAAAUGGUAGACUAUGCUUCUGAAACAGUGAAUUGGAUACUUUCACUGUGGUCUUGCUGCAUAGCACAAGGUCACGGGUUCUGUUCCCAGCCAUCACUGCUGUAUACUAGCGGGUGCAAAAUGCAGAAACGCUCACGCAAUUAUGCAGAUUUAGCAAAGAGAAAUCCUGACUUCUCGGAAUGUAUCUAGAGGACUUCACUGCCCUGCAUCUCAUAGCCCCAUUGUUGCUUCUGGAUAUUAAAUGCCACAAAUUAACCAACUACUUUCAGUGAGAGAGGAAGCUUGACAUACCAGAAUAACAUGGUAUAGUGAAAGACUGACGGCGAUAUUACUUUCCAACUCCCGAGGGAACUUUCUGAAUUGUCAUAAAUUCUGGAAAUGGUUGUCCAAGGUUAUUUAAUUUGCUGAUGCUGAAGCUUGAAUAAAUCAACUUGGUUGUUUAAUGCUCUAAAACUUUAUUAGCAUUCUCUAGUUUUACUGAAAAACCAAACAGGUUAUCAGCUGAGACGCAUGCUGUGGUAAGGAGCCUUAAGAUACACUGUAAACACAGAACGGCAGCCAAAAUCUUGAGGUUAGCUUGAAUUAUAUUGGAAGUCUGUAGCAGCCUAUCAGUUUACCCUCACUUAGCACUUGUCCUUUGUGCCUCUGUAAGAUUUGAAUGCCUUGCUAUGCAACACCCAUUGCAUUCCUUUAGGCUUGAGCAUGGAUGUGAUACUUUUACCACACAAAAUCUUGUGGUGGUUUGAGUGGCAGAGAAAGGUGCUGGCUUAAUUGAGAAACUGGAUGUGUUAACCUUAGAUAGCACAGCCAAUUUCUUGUGCAUUGCUGUAUGGAGCUAACCUUCAAAGGCAUACAGUAUGCACCUUUAUGGUAAACCACUUGGGCCGAGCCUUUUGUAGUGCAACUAUAAUUGUAACCCGUACCACUUGAAAACUGUUGCAAACGACAUUGUUUUCUCCGAGGUUUGAAACACGAGUUUACACACUGUUCACAAAUGGUGUGGAUUCAUGGGCGGUGAUAGCUUAACUAAUGUGAGUCAAAUGUGCCUGUUGAUGUAUGUGUAUUCAGAAACCAACAAACUGCGCAACGUGGAGCUGAAUUUUGUAAGAAUUCUUUUUCUUCUGUUCUAGCAUGUUAUUCAUUGCACAAAGUGACUGAUCCCCAUGACAGCAGGAGCAAGACCUUGUAUCAGAUGACAAAGGGCAAAUAGAAUGGAAAACGGAUAUAAUUUUUGCAGAAUGCUGCCCCUGGAGAUGUCAGCUUUCCGCAACAUCUGAACUGUUGUGAAGUUUCCCCGCAGAAAUGUCGUGACACAUAUUAUUGGUCCACCAGCAGCUAGUGCUUAGAGUCUGGUUGCCGACAGGACAGUUGCUUCAUGGGUGAUGCAUUUCUGUUGUGUAAUAGACCCACCAAAGCUGGUCAUGUACGCUGUGAUUGGCCAAUGGAUUUGUGGGGCUCGGCUGAUCAAUAUGUCAAGCUUCUUGCUGUGGAUAUUGCAGGAACUCAAUCAAGACUUGCCGCAUGCUGUGUUUACUCUAAGCGGAGUCGCUGUGAUGAGUUUCAUUAGUGGACUGUGAUGCUUUGUAAGGAACAGUGCACUGAAAUUAUUGUCACGGAACAACACCAGUAUCUGUUGUUAUGUCAAUGUUUUUUUCCUUUAGUUAUGCACACUGCAAGCUCAUUCUUUUUGCAUUGGUGGCACAAUCCGAAUAAGGGUGUGAUUGUGAUGUAAUGAGAUUGCUGUUAAUAACCACCAAAAGGAAAUUUGUCUGGGAUCCAACGACGUUUCUAGGCUUGUGAUAGAAGUGGACCAACACUCUUGCUUUAAUGUCGGAAAAAAUCUGAGAGAAAUGUUCGUGGAGUGCAUAGAAAUGUCGAUCUUUUAGAUUGAACCACAGUUUUAGCAUGUCGUGGCUUGGAGGCUACGACAGCAGAGAAUCGUCAGUUGUACAGACACGCUCUGGUUUUAGAAUACUCAAGACCUAAACUAGUUCACUUCGCCCAUUGCCCAAAGCACAGCUAUUUCUACAGUUCCCUAUGAGCUCUCAAGUUCCAUGUGUACAGACUUACUUGCUCCACCUGUAGUGUAGUUGAGUUGAAUGCCUCUUCUAUGACAUGAGCUCUUUACAAUGUUUCAAUGUGCUCACCUUGCCUUGUCAGACAUAGUAGGGAAGUUCUUUCCUUAAUGAAGUGACCUCUAUAACAAGCUUUUGCUGUUUUUUGCUUGUGUUUUGUUAUAGUACAAGCAUUUAACUGCACAAUGCAGAAAAAGAAGUUGCUCCAAGAUUGGUGCGUUGCUGGCACCAGCCAGUCUGUGCUAAGCCUUUUUUUUUUUCGUCCGAUGUAGUUGUGCAUUCAUACUACGUAGUACAGUGGAAUAUAAUGCCACACUAUUUCAUUUGCAAGUGCCAUGCAGCGAUCGAGAUGCUUCUCUCACAUGCUUAGUGUGCCCUGCAGAAUGCAAUAGUUCAUGGAAAUUGGCCAUUGGCAUUGAUCAGGGGCAGUGUUCUCAAGCAGUUUCUUUCGGGGAUACUAUAAUCAUUGCGAGAUUUCACACGACUUGGCAUUGAACACGUUGGAAUACAAGUCACAUAAAAUCAUGCAAAAGGUAUUGUAUCCCCGACAAUGACUGCUUGCGACGCAGCUCCUAGAAUGGGUGCAUUCCAGCAAAUAGCAUAACAGCAUGCCGCUGCUUCAGCCAUGGAAAAUGGGUGGUGUUUCGUUUUGUUCACCACCAGCUGAGUCUGUGUGUCUCUUUCUCGCAGUGCAUUUUCAUUUAUUUUUGGCUUGUUUACGUAUGCAGUUAAAAAUGGAACCUCGUUACAAUGAAGUCGCGUCCGACAAGGAAAUACCUUCGUUAUGUAAAAUUUUCAUUGUAAGCAUACACACUGAUAGUAAAUUUUAGACUUUGUUAUACCUGUAAUGAAGAAACCAGAAGCUGUCCCUCCGAACGCCUGGUUUGGUUUUUCUCUCUCACUCUUACAUGCUGCCAUGUGCAUUUUGCUUUUACAUAACUGAUAAUUUGUUGUGUCCAUGUUUAUUAUGUUAUCGAGGUGCGAGUGUACUGCAAACCCUUCACAAGUUUUCCCACCCUCACAGCAUGUGCCUCUCACAGAAAGAUUCACACAAGUGCUAGUUAUGCUCAUGAGAAAGUUUUAUCAUUAAGCAAAUAAAUUCCGUGGAAGUCUAUAAGGUAGAAAAAGUUUCACAUAGCGGGCGGGGGUGGUUGUUGUCCACCCAAAAGUACUGCAAGGUUAUAAAGGUUAAAACCACAGUGUUUUCCUUCCAAGAAACCUGUAUGGAUUUCUCUGUAGGUUUGCGCUAUCCUUGCGUGGAUGGCUUUGUAAGAGAUGAUGGCAUCCUUGGGCUCACUUGCACGUUGGGUCAAACAACCUUUUCCUAGCCAGAAUCUGUAAUCGGCAAUAGACAAAUGCAAAGUCUCGAAAGCCCAGGAGUUGGAUAAAGGAUGCGCACGUCUUGCUACAAUCCUGGACUGCCCACAACAGUCCCGUUACACUUGAUGCAAUACAGCGGAGUGCGUUAACCGUCUUCAACAGAGAGCUGCAUCAAGCUUGGCAAGUAGCCUUUUGUGACAGAUCUCUACACCUAUUUUGGUGUAACAAUUCCUUGUAGGAUUGUCUACUGAUGCCUCUCCUCACUGUCUUUACUUGCACAGUGUGGAUCAUCAAUAUGGGAUGGAAAACCUAAUUAUUUAUUCAAGCAGUGAUUUUUUUUUACUGCUAACGGCAUUUAUGCACUAAGAAAUGGCUUGACUGUGUUCAACAUUUAUUGCGUACACAUUGGUUGAGGCUUGCCUUCACAUAACAUAACAAAUUAUGUCUGAGCA